AUGACUUCUUCUCCCAGCACUAUUGCGCAGAUUCCUACCAUCAGCAAACUGCGUCAUGAGCUGGACUUCGCAAUGGGCGACAAACCGCAGUACGACUGCCAUGACUUCAUUGACGACCUGCGCAGCUUUCGCCGGGUGUUUCGCACCGCUGCGGGCACAGAAGGGCGGGAUUUGCACCAGUGGAAGAGCCGUGAUCACCACCUUGGUCUCAGUGAGAUGGUGGACGCGUACCUUGACCGGGACGGCAAAGGUGUAAAAUUCUGGCCCGAUGAUCCCAGCAAGCGGUACUUCUCCUCUUCUCUUCAAUACACAAAGGACAAAUCCAUCAUCCAACAGAAUCUCAAGCUCCUCCUGUUUCGGCUCAACCUUCAACAGUAUCGCAACGCCAAGUACAAGCGCGCGAAGCAGCCAAAGUCGGGGGCACAUGCCACGAGGCCCGGCGAGCCCAGCAACAUCGACGAGGCGAUCCGCAUCAGCGCUAUUUGGCCGACUGAAGAGGAUGUCAAGCCCGCCAAUCUCGCUUCCCAGCCUUUUACCAUUAGCGCAUCGGGCGCCGCUGCUAACAAGCCGCCCACUGAUUCAUAUGCGUUGCCUAGCAGUCGUGAAUCAUCACAGCCCUUGGCUCAACAUAGAUUCAGAGUCGUUGAGGCCGAGAAGGCCCAAACGUCGUCUCAAACCACGCCUGAUGCACACCGUGCGCCGAAAGAGCCACCAGCAGUCCACUUUACUUACCGGUUCGUAAUCUCUCGCGAGCAUCCCGAGAAGAACGAGGAGUGGACACCCCAGGGUGGUUUCCGAGACAUAACGCUUGUACGCCUCAUGCGGGAAAUGCCGUUGGGUUUCGACACCGACUUCUCCGGCUUCCAGUUCACGCUUUGGGGCCCGGCCGUCCGAGUCAGCCACAGGGUCCUGAACGGGCAGGAUGCCGAGUUCGACGCGAUGAAGCAGAAGUUCGAGGGGUCAAUCAUUUCGUGUAUGAUGGAGGCACAGUCCGGGAAGACGAUCGACUUCGAACUCGAGGUUCAGCCCAUCACGCCGGAAUUGCAGGCAGCCCCUGCGCCAGCUGUUCACGGACUGGCAGCACCGCAAUGGUAG